AGAGAGCGGCGCGGGCCGGGCGGCGAAGGUCCGCGGCGGGUUCUGUGUAGCUGCUGCUGCUGCUGCUGCUGCUGCCCACGCCCCGCACCCUGCCGGCCGCGUCCGAAGACUCACUUACCUUCGCGGCGCGGCGGGAGGCGCGCGGAGCCCCGAGGUAGCGAGUCCCCGCGCUCCGGCUCUCCGGACCCGCCUGGCGUCCUCGCCUGCGGCGGGACGGGCGGCAGCGGCGCCCGGGCAUGGCUUCGGCGGGCAGCGGCGUGGAGGAGGUGCGCGUGUCGGUGCUGACCCCGCUGAAGCUGGUCGGGCUGGUGUGCAUCUUCCUGGCGCUGUGUCUGGACCUGGGGGCCGUGCUGAGCCCAGCCUGGGUCACGGCUGACCACCAGUACUACCUGUCCCUGUGGGAGUCCUGCCGGAAACCCGCCAGCUUGGACAUCUGGCACUGCGACUCCACGCUCAGCAGCGAUUGGCAGAUUGCUACUCUGGCUUUACUCUUGGGCGGUGCUGCCAUCAUUCUCAUUGCAUUCCUGGUGGGUUUGAUUUCCAUCUGCGUGGGAUCUCGAAGGCGCUUCUACAGACCUGUUGCUGUCAUGCUUUUUGCAGCAGUUGUUUUACAGGUUUGCAGCCUGGUCCUUUACCCAAUCAAGUUCAUUGAAACUGUGAGCUUGAAAAUUUACCAUGAGUUCAAUUGGGGUUAUGGCCUGGCCUGGGGUGCAACUAUAUUUUCAUUUGGGGGUGCCAUCCUUUAUUGCCUGAACCCUAAGAACUAUGAAGACUACUACUAGAACCAAUAGUCUCAAAAAACAACAGCAACCAUCCAACAAAAGGAUUAUGUCUGCAUCUUUUGUAACUCACUAUUUUCUAAAACACUUGUGGAGCAUCAAGCAGUUUGCUCAGUUGAUUUAAUAUCCUUUGCCUUUUGGCUGUCAACAUCAUAACCAGCUUUUACAUCCAUUUUAGGGACCUGCACAAAUAAGAGAGCUGAUUAGACGUAGGCAAAUGCUGCAAACUUCCAAUAUGUUCAUGUCAUUUUUCUUGACAAGUGAAGGGUCUAUAUGACAGCAACCAUUGUGAGAAAGUAGUUCGAAUGAGAAUUGCCUGAAUCUCCUAUUGCCUGCAGGGGAGCAGCUGGCAUAAGCAACAUUUAGAAGUUCCUUUGCAAUGACAAGGAUUCCACUGUUAGAGCCCUUAUCACCUGCUAUCCCACCCAAUGACUACAUUGGCUGUUGGUUAUUUGCUUGAAUGAGCCCUUGAAAAGUGAACUGCCCUUCAGCAUCUAAUGGGAGUUGUGAAUGUAACUAGUUAAUGGUACACAUUCCACCUUCAAGAAUACUCUUUUUAAUGGGAGGUUGUGCUUUGGCAAUCAGCAUCUCCCUGGGAAGGGAGUCAAGACUUGGAGACAUGUGCUUUUCAUUAUGUGGUUAGAAGUUGUGCCUCAGCUCUAUCUAGAAUGGGGAAAAAUUGAGGGUCUCUAUUUUCCCUGGGGCAACCAGAAAGAAAUAUGCAUGAGUUGCUUUUGUGCCCUUUAAAUCAUUUACCAAACAUUGCAGCAAACAAUUGUGCAUAUGUAACAAGCUUAAUGUUUUUAUAGAAGGUGAACCAUUAGUAUAAAUGGUAAUAAGUUUUCCCUAACCCUCCACAUACAUUUGCCUAUUAUACAUAAAAUUAAUAUUUGCUCUAGUGAAGUGGUUUGAACACUAACCUUGUACACGUUGUUAAGAGGCUUAGAUUGGUAUUCACACUUAUUAACCAUACAAAAGUAUGGUACCUUAAAGCUUUUUGCUCUAUGUUCUCUACUGUGUCACUGGAAAGUGUUAAUAGAAUUGCCUAAGAAGAAAAAUUGAAACGGUGUUAUUCUGAAAAUUAAUGAUUCUUCUGUAAGCACUGUAGUUCAAAAUAGAGUAGCAAUUAGGAUGAUCAUUUUGUGUAAAAUUCAUUAAAAUAGAAGGCUGCUAUUUUUUGCAAGUAUUUUAAAUGUCUUCAUUUUUUUAAAAAAAGAAUAGUGAUAGAUUUAUAUAAAUGUCUCAGUAGAGAAGUAGAAUUCAUCUGGUUAUCACCUGGUCCUCUGAAAUUAACUGAUGGGCUAACUGAUUUGUACACACAAUUAUUAUAGAUUUAUGUUAAGGAAAUCACUUACUGACCAUUCAAAUGGAAGGAAAUAUCAAUGAUAGGGAAUAAGUUUGCAACUAAUCUCAUACUGCAAACUUGUGUUAAUUUUGUUUAAUAUACAAACUUGGAUAGUUUAAUUAUAAACAUAUUUUUAUAUCAAAUAUACAGUUCUAAUAUAAAAGUUAUAAAUAUUUUUGUUAACAAAGAUACUAAAACAGUAUGUUCUGGUUUUGGCCCUCUAGCAGAAAGAAACAUUGGAAAAAUCAUUUAAAACGUACCUGUGUGUUACUGUAUUGCAAAAUCUGUUAAGAGCAGGACCAUAUCAAUAGUAUUUAAUAAUUUGCUUUACCUCCCAAAGCAGAGUUCUACUUUCAGCUUGUCUUAAGAAUGGUUGCCAAAAACAACAGCCAAAACAAAACAAAACUAUUUUAUUAUUCAAAUGCUAAAACAGCCCGCUUGUCUUAUGAAUUUUCUAUAGAAUCACAAAUAUGAAGUACCAGGCUUAAUUCUUACUUUACCAAUGAUAGACAAAAGUGAUGAAAUACAUCAUAGAGAGAAACCUUUAUAAAAGUAUAUGAUUCUAUAAUGAAUCCUAAGAAACUGCUAGUGGAAAUUUCUCAGAAAGAUAUUAGUAUUAUAGAAUCUUUUAAAGCAAUUUUCUUGAUAAAUAGCAAAAUCUGGGGCAGCCUGUAUUGCAGUUAAUUGUGUAUUAUCAGAGCAGCAUGAGAAAUAUGAUAUUUGGAUAGGGAUUUGGGCAACUAAACACCCUCUAUUAUGAGAUCUCUUUAUUCCUGAAUAAUGAGAGAAUAGUACUCAGUGCUGACAUCAGUGAGGCACUUUUCUUGGUCCUAGUAGAGGAUGCAGUGCUGUUAAACCAAUAUCAUAUCUCGAGUCUUACCAAGUUUUUAUUCUCUGUCAAUAUGACAAGCUGGAAAGUGACAGAAUAUGUUAUAGGUUGAGGCACACAUAUUUGCAGUUUACUGAAAAGUAGAUUUCUUAUAUAACUUUCUUUUUCCCUUCCCAGUGAAGAGCCCUAUGCUAUAUUUCUACCAUCACUAACAUUUGGAAGUGUUUCAUUACUAACAAGCUCAGUAUGACAUGAAAAUUGUUGUUGCUCAUUCAAAAUACGAUUUUGUCUAUCAGAAUAAACACAAGUGAAAUUUUCACCUACAUUAAUAUUGUCUUUGCAGCUUUAGGUUUGUUUGAUGUUUUCUUAAGCAAAAUUGUUAACCACAAACCCAUUGUUUAUCGUAGAGAGAAAUAUAUAUACUCACACACAUAUAGCAUCAAGUACUCAGCAGGGCUAGUUAUUCGGAUUUCUUGCACAACUAUUUAGCUUUUUGUAAGUCAACAUGUAAAUUUUGAAGACAUAAAUAUAGAGAGACCUAUGUGUUUGAAAUAUAAAUGAUAUAUAUGGAUUAGCAUGUACCUAUAUAUUAUUAAACAUGCAAUGAAUUGACUGGUAAGUGACGUCUAAUUGUAUGGCUAGCAAUGUAAUUUAUUCAGACUGUAUUUUUGUACAGAGCAGCAGCGCACACUAACCUAUGCCUCUGUGUCCUCUUUAAUGCCUAAAACUGUGCCUAGAAAUCUCAUCUGUCUUAAAAAAAAUAUACUUCAUGCUGUUUAUGCUAUUAGUUUCUCUACUGCUAUUCAAUAUUUAUUUUAAAGUAUAUGACAUGUUUACUACUUAAAUAUGAAUUCAUGAUAUCCUGGUUAUUUUUUUUAACAGUCAUCUGGGGGGAAACCUGUUUAUUACUCUGGUGAUUUUGAGUUUGCAGUUUCAUGAUUGAUUCUUUAUUUCAUGAUUUUUGUAGUUGACAUGAAGUUAUCUAUGUGGAAAAAAUAAAAAUAAAAGUGGUUUCACGGA